AUGUCCUCAAACUGUGUAGUUUUGGUUAAUGGUCUCCACAUCCAGGCCCUUAAGCUUCACAACUGCUUCAACGUGCCCCUUCAGAAACGCGAAGACAAGAAGAAGUCCAGGGCGCUCAACGUAAGACCAACUCCUGGAGCGGGUGACGAAGAUGAGAGCCUGGCUGACUAUGCUGACUUGGAGAUAGACAGCCGAGUUAAGCUCUCUGUAGUUGUCCCUGAUCGAGCCCCAAAGACGACCCCAGUGGCAAAUAUCUCCUUGAGCUUCCAUGAGUCGGGCAUUGGGGACGGACGAACCUUGUCCUUUGAUAUGGUCAUGAUUGUGCCGUCGUUGAGUAUGGCGAUGAUGAGGACCAUGAAUGGGGAGAAGUCGAAUUUCCAGAUGAGGGCGAGAAGCAUGAAACCCAGCACGAUGCGGAUUGUGAUGGACACAGCAUAG